AUGUUAUUACUGAAUUUAUUCAACGUCCAACAAACUAUACUUCUGCUUAUACCAGCGACAAAUUUUGAUGUGUCCACAAGUUUCCCAGAACCUGUUUUGUCGACAACCGAUACUUACCGACCAGUCGUAAUUUGGCAUGGUUUAGGUGACAACUAUAACACGUCCGGUAUACAUAAAGUCCAUGAAAUAUUAGACAGCAUGUAUCCAGGAAUAUUUGUCUAUGCAAUACGUUUAGAUGAUAACCCUUCUUCCGAUGAACAAAAGUCUUUUUUUGGGGAUGCCAACAAACAAAUUGACGAGGUGUGCCAACAACUUCGAAAUAUCACUGAAUUACUGCAUGGGUUUGAUUCUAUUGGAUUCUCUCAAGGUGGGGUUUUUAUGAGAGGUUUGAUAGAAAGAUGCCCCUUAGAAGUGAACAAUUUAAUAACUUUUGGUUCUCCGCAUUUGGGAGUGCUGGAACUACCUCUAUGCAAAGACCGUUUUGAUUGGUUAUGCAAACGGAGAAAUGCAUUAUUGAAGAAGCAAGUUUGGCACGAUAGUGUUCAAAAGCGAGUUAUACCAGCACAGUAUUUUAGAGAUCCAGCAAACAUAGACCAAUAUUUAGAGCAUUCAAAUUACUUGGCAGAUAUAAACAACGAGCGCGAUGAAAAGAAUGCAACUUACAAGGAAAACUUUUCAAAAUUGAACAAAUUAGUGUUAGUAAGUUUUACCGAAGAUACCACUCUUGUGCCUAAAGAGAGUUCACAGUUUCAUGAUUUUGACCCAGAGCACAAGAGAAGUAUCCCCUUUCUUUAUACGGAAUUAUACAAGAACGACUACAUUGGAUUAAAAACCCUUUACGAAAAGAAUUCAGUUGAUUUUCUAUCGAUCGAAGCAGAACAUAUGCAUAUUGAUGAGGAUUUCAUAAAAAAUAUUGCUCAAGAGUAUUUAGGUGGGAAAUUAUGUACGUAA